AUGCCGAGUCUCCUGUUGGCGACUAUUUCCGACCACGACCACCAUCGACAUUCCACCCUGACCAUCUACCGCGACGCAUGCCUCGGCCUUUUCCUGGCAAUCGCCGCUCUCGGAAUUGCAGCCAGGGUGUCCUUCUGGUCCGACUCCGGCCCUGACGACGGAGCAGCAGGCUCAUUGGAAGGCUUCUCUUAUUACUCGAUCGGUUCGGUCCUGCUGUCCCUUGGCUCUGCCGGGUGCGGUUACGUGGUCAGGUCGGCAACAACCGAGGCCAGCUUCCAGUUCCAGGACAAGGACCGGCGGAGCGUCGCCGUCAUGUGGCUGCAAAGAGCCUGCACCGUGUGA